AUGAGACAAAAUCCUAUGGAGGAUGAGGGAGAUGAUGGAUCAACGGGGAAAACUUCAAACAGUGUGGAAUGGGAAUUAGUGGAGGAUAUUGAGCACCAGGUGACUGUAAGAAUGUUUCACCAUGUCCUGGGGCAGCACAUGAUGAUGAUAUUUGUUUAUGCAAAAUGUUCAGCAAUGAAGAGGUUAGAAUUGUGGGAUCACUUGUAUUACUUAGCAAGUGAUAUGAAAUUGCCAUGGUUGGUAGGAGGGGAUUUCAAUUUCGUAUUGCAUGAAGAUGAGAAAAUAGGAGGACUACCAGUACACCCUCCUGAAUAUGAGGAUUUUGCAUUUUGUGUAAACUCUUGUGGUUUGUUUGAACAAGUAUACAAAGGAAGUCCAUUUACAUGGUGGAAUGGGAGAUCCAAUGCUGCGUGUAUAUUCAAAAGAUUGGAUAGGAUCUUUAUGAAUUUGCCAUUUCAAAACAUGUUUCCAACUAUUGAAGUUGAACAUCUAAUCAGAAUUGGAUCAGAUCAUGCACCAUUGUUAAUGACAUGUGAGGAGCAGACCAACAAUUUUGUCAACCCUUUCAGGCAGAAUUGGAAAGCUGAUUUCAUAGGAGAUCCAUUUUUGAUGUUCAAGCAGAAGCUCAAGAGGGUGAAGGCAGCAUUGUCAAAAUUGAGCAGGGAAACAUUUGGUGAUAUCUUCAAGCAGUUGGCUAUUUUGGAAGACAUUGUUAGGGUGAAAGAGAUGUUGUUUGAAGAAAAGCCUACAGCCGAGAACAAGAUUGUGUUUCAAAAGGCUCAAUCAGAAUUGAAAAAAUACUUGAGUAUUGAGGAGAAGUACCGGAAGCAUAAAGCUGGGAUGACUUGGUUUGCUGAAGGAGAUAGGAAUACAAGUUUCUUCACAAUCAUGUCAAUGGCAAAAGAAAGAAAUUGCAACUGA